UGGAGCGUUUUUUUUACUCGCGGUCGCGUAUUUGGGGCUGUCGGGUUUUUUAUUAUUUUGAAUUGUAUUGUUGACACAUCUCCGUGGCGCUUCGGAGUUUUGGUUUGUGCAAAUGAGAGUGGGGACGAUAAUGAUUCAAAGCAAAAGUGCCGCGCGGUAGAAUCCAAAGAAUACAAAUCCAAACGCUGCGUGUGACUUUGCUUUUUGUGUUUGUCUGGCGAUGCUGCAACAACAACAAGAGCAACAACAGGAAUUCCCGCAAAAAUCUCGCCAAACAUAAAACUCAUUGCAAAACAACAACAAUUGUUUGAGUGUGGUUACUUUUUUGUGCACUAUUACUUCAUAACAGAGUUGUGCUCUCUCACUCGCUCCGGAAAAGCUCCGCUUGUGGCUCUCUCUCUUGCUCAGUACACCGCGGGCAGCACGGGGCCGGAAUUUUAAUCAAGCCGCAGAAUGCAGUCGAAAAGGAUCGGACGCGGGGCGAGAACAACGGCGCUCUAAUUGUGGCCCGCACCACGUCCAGGAUUCGGACAAGGACCAGGACGAUGGCGUCAUUUGUAUGCAGCCAGGCCAAUUCUGCGACACAAACAGAAAUAGAAGCAGCUAAAGCAGCCACUACAGCAACGGAAAUGCAGAGCAGUGGCUAAGCGGAAACUGUGAGCCGCAGCGAACCCAAAAAUCAGCCAGAGAGCAACCAGAAAGCGGCCAUCCGCGGUUCAGUAAACAGAGCACAACCCGCUAACCGAAUCCGUAACCGAAUCCGCAUCCGAGUCCGGAUCCGAAAAAGCAGUCGGGAUGAUGAGCGCCGGGGGAACGUACAUCUCCACCGCCAGCGUGGAGGUUCCGCAGGCUCUGCAGGACGGCGAGAAGUUCAUUCGCUGGGACGACGACUCUGGCACUGGAACGCCGGUCACGAUGCGAGUGGAUGCCAAGGGCUUCUUCCUCUACUGGGUCGACCAGAACAACGAGCUGGACAUCCUCGACAUAGCCACCAUUCGCGACGUUCGCACGGGGCAGUAUGCCAAGCGGCCAAAGGACAACAAGCUGCGCCAGAUUGUGACUCUGGGCCCGCAGGACACGCUCGAGGAGAAGACGGUGACCGUGUGCCACGGCUCGGAUUUCGUCAACAUGACCUUCGUGAACUUCUGCUGCACUCGGCGGGACAUUGCCCAGCUCUGGUCGGACGGACUCAUCAAGUUGGCCUACAGCCUGGCCCAGCUCAAUGGCUCGGCGAUUAUGUUCCUGCAGAAGGCCCACACCAAGCUCUGUCUGCAGGUGGACAAGAGCGGUCGCAUACCAGUGAAAAACAUCAUAAAACUUUUCGCCCAGAACAAGGAGGAUCGCAAACGUGUCGAGAAGGCGCUGGACGUGACCGGCCUGCCGUCGGGGAAGGUCGAUAGCAUAUCGGUGUCGAAAUUUCAAUUCGAGGACUUCUACAAUUUGUACAAAUAUCUCACGCAGCGCUCGGAGGUGGAGCGGCUCUUCGACAGCAUAGUGGGCAACUCGAAGCGGAAGUGCAUGUCCAUCGCCCAGCUGGUGGAGUUCCUCAACAAGACGCAGCGCGAUCCCCGCCUGAACGAGAUCCUCUACCCGUACGCGAACCCCGCCCGCGCCAAGGAGCUCAUCCAGCAGUACGAGCCCAACAAGUUCAACGCGCAAAAGGGCCAGCUCAGCCUGGAUGGCUUUUUGAGGUACCUAAUGGGCGACGACAACCCCAUCAUGGCGCCCAACAAGCUCGAUCUCUGCGACGACAUGGACCAGCCGAUGUCGCACUACUUCAUCAACUCCUCGCACAACACCUACUUGACGGGCCACCAGCUGACGGGCAAGUCCUCCGUCGAGAUCUACAGGCAGUGCCUCCUGGCGGGAUGCAGAUGCGUCGAGCUGGACUUUUGGAACGGACGCACCGAGGAGCCGGUCAUCGUCCACGGCUACACGUUCGUGCCGGAGAUCUUCGCCAAGGACGUCCUGGAGGCCAUCGCAGAGAGUGCAUUUAAAACAUCCGAAUACCCUGUGAUACUGAGCUUCGAGAACCACUGCAAUCCGAGGCAACAGGCGAAAAUUGCCAACUAUUGCCGCGAAAUUUUCGGCGAUAUGCUGCUCGACAAGCCGCUGGACUCGCACCCUCUGGAGCCGAACAUGGACUUGCCUCCGCCGGCGAUGCUGCGUCGCAAGAUCAUCAUCAAGAACAAGAAGAAGCACCACCACCACCACCACCAUCACCACCACAAGAAGCCCUCGCAGGUGGGCACUCCGGCGGCCGGCAGCAAACUGACGACGGCCAACUCAGUUGAUGCCAAGUCGGCGGCGCAACAGGUGGCAGCGGCGGCCGCCCACGAGGAAGGGGGCGUGGCCAGGGGCACCGCCAACGGGGACAUUGCAAUGGGAGGAGGAACAGGAACAGGAACCGGAAGUGCGGGACACGCACCGCCCCUGCAACAAAUCCGCCAGAGCUCCAAGGACAGCACCGGAUCCUCGGACUCGGACAGCUCCUCGGACGACGAAUCCCUGCCCAACACCACGCCCAAUCCGCCCAGCGGCAACGAGCCGCCGCCGGACAAGGCCCAGAAGGAGACGGAGGCGGGUGCUGAGAUCUCGGCGCUGGUCAACUACGUGCAGCCCAUCCACUUCAGCUCCUUCGAGAACGCAGAGAAGAAGAACCGCUGCUACGAGAUGUCCUCGUUCGACGAGAAGCAGGCGACGACUCUGCUGAAGGAGCGGCCCAUCGAGUUCGUGAACUACAACAAGCACCAGCUGUCGCGGGUCUACCCGGCGGGAACCCGCUUCGACAGCUCCAACUUCAUGCCGCAGCUGUUCUGGAACGCGGGCUGCCAGCUGGUGGCGCUCAACUUCCAGACGCUCGACCUGGCCAUGCAGCUCAACCUGGGCAUCUUCGAGUACAACGCCCGCUCCGGCUACCUGCUCAAGCCGGAGUUCAUGCGCCGCUCGGACCGCCGGCUGGACCCCUUCGCCGAGAGCACGGUGGACGGGAUCAUCGCGGGCACCGUCUCGAUCACCGUGCUCUCCGGCCAGUUCCUCACGGACAAGCGGGCCAACACGUUCGUGGAGGUGGACAUGUACGGCCUGCCGGCGGACACGGUGCGCAAGAAGUUCCGCACCAAGACGGUGCGGGACAACGGCAUGAACCCGGUCUACGACGAGGAGCCCUUCGUGUUCAAGAAGGUGGUGCUGCCCGAGCUGGCCAGCAUCCGGAUCGCGGCCUACGAGGAGGGCGGCAAGCUGAUCGGCCACCGCGUGCUCCCCGUGAUCGGACUCUGUCCCGGCUACCGGCACGUGAACCUCCGCUCCGAGGUGGGCCAGCCCAUCGCCCUGGCCUCGCUCUUCCUCUGCGUGGUGGUCAAGGACUACGUGCCCGACGACCUCUCCAACUUCGCCGAGGCCCUGGCCAACCCCAUCAAGUACCAGAGCGAGCUGGAGAAGCGCGACAUCCAGCUGUCCGUGCUGACCGACGAGGCCGACGCUGUGGGCACCGCCGACGAGGACCUGUCCAAGUCGUUCGUUUUCGUCCAAGUAGGUGGCCAGAAGAAGGAGCUGCGUCCGGUGGAGUCGCUCGCCACCUCGCCGAAGCACCGGGCCAGCAUCUCGGCGGCGGCGGCGAUGAGUGUGGAGGUCAGCGCGGACCGCACGGACGGCGGAAGGGGCGAGGACAGCGUCUCGAUCGUUGCCCCCUCCAUCCAGCACCAGCACUCGCUGGACCAGUCCGUGAGCACCUCCAUCCGCCAGGUGGAGUCCUCGCAGUUCGACGUCGACCUGGUGCUGGCCGAGCCGCUCGACAAGAUCCUCGAGCACAAGAGCGUCAAGGAGAAGCGGCUCGAGAUGGAGAAGAAGCUGGAGGCGCUGCGCAAGAAGCACGACAAGGAGAAGGUCAAGAUCGCCGGCCAGAAGGGCAGUCCGCUGGAGGGCAAGAAGCCCAAGUUCGCCAUCACCAACAAGCUGGUCAAGCGGCUCAGCACCAAGAGUCUUAAUUGUCUCUCUCCCAACAGCGAGCCGGGCGUGGAGAUCCCCGCCUGCCCCAUAGACCUGGGCGACAGCAGCGAGGAGAGCGCCGCCGCCGACGCUGGCGAGGAUCUGGCCGGCGGGAGCAGCGGCUUGGACGGCGGCACCCAGGAGACGCGCCUGCGCAGCGCCUGCCGGGAGUACACCUCGCAGUACCGCGAGCUGCAGGAGAAGUACCACGAGGCCAUCUACGCCGCCGCCGAGAAGGUGCUGAAGACCUCGCAGGCCGGCCAGACCAAGCAGCUGAAGGCCUCGCUGGACAAGGUCACCGGCGAGGUGAUGCACCAGCUGCAGGAGGCGCGCCGCAACGAGGUCAAGAACCUGGCCACCGUGCACCGCGAUCGGGACGAGCUGGUCAGGAUGAAGCGCGAGGUGGCCAGCUCCGUGGUGGAACGCGGCGUGGCCGAGCGAGUGCGUCUGAAGCAGACCUUCGACCGGCGCACGGAUGAGCUGCAGAAGCAGCACGACUCGGUGCGCAAUGCUCUGGCGGAACACCGCUCCAAAGCUCGUCAGAUCCUCGACAAGGAGGCGGAGUCGCGCAGCUGCGUCUCGAGCAGCGGCUUCCUGGUGCUCUUCCACGGACCCCAUCACCACGGCUGCUCGGGCUCCGGCUCGUCGGCCCCUUCCGGCAACAAUCUCACCCUGAACCUGGACGCGGGGGCAGCCGGCAGCGGCCACUCGGCCAUUUCGCCGGCCAAGUCGCACAACAGCAUCGCCGCAGCGGCGGAGAUGAAGACGUAAAGUGGGCCUGGCCCCAAGGAUUGAGGAUUUUCUCCCCGCCCCCGCAACCAACUAUCCGUAAUCCGUAGGAUUAAUUGUGGUUCUAUAGCUAUAGUUGUAGUCUCCAGUAUUUGCAGCAGAAACAUUGAAAGAAUGAAACAGUCUUCGUAGAUUUAAGCCGCGGCGGAGUGGCCCCACUCGCACACCCGCACACCUUCUGACGGGAACUGACCUCGACUAGUUCUAAUCCAAGCGAAACGCGUUUUCUAACUGAACAAACUAGGUGUAACUCUCUCGCAUGUACGUACUAUAUACGAUGUACUUGACUUGUAGCGUAUCUGUAUACUGUGACUAUCGGUGGCUAUCCGCGGACGGACUCGGUCCGUCGAACCCCGUCGAACCGUACGGUUUCUUCCUAUUCAAACUUCGCUGAAACUCUGAGUGUCUAAUUAAGCAGCAAGCGUAACUACGUGCAUAAGUAUAUUUAUUUGUCUAAUCGGAGGAGGAGGAGCAGGAGGAGGAGGAGGAGGAGGAGGAGGAGGCGAGUGCUCCGUUUAUCUAAUGCUAAUUGUGGUUGUGUGUAUUACUCUUUUACGUCAGUUUUAAUCGAUCUUAUUUAUACGAUUAGUCUAAGGCUCUAAGCUCGCACAAGCUGCGGAAUGAAUCUCGUGCGCACACAGGGCGGAUGCGAAUGCGGAUGCGGAUGCUGAAGCGGACGCGGAUGCCAAAGCACAAGUCUAGGCCAACACUUAGUCAAUUGUUUUUCAGUUGGUUGCUAUUUAUUCUUGAUUUAGUCACUGCUCUUAUGUUAAUUAAGUUGCGAGAAGGCUCCAAUAAAACUCUAUAUCGAAUUGUUU